AUGGCCGCCUCGGUUGCGAGCACGUCUUCCCGACGAGCUCAGGGCCUAACGCCGGUGGAGGAGAAGCUGAUCGCGCUGAACUCAUGUUAUGGGUUCCACGUCAAGGGCCACAUCACGGUGUUCCCGAACAACGUGCAAGAGCUGGCAACGAACGUGCUGCCGCAUCCGCUCGUCCGGGUGAUGGACGAGAUCCACGUCUCGUGGCAGGGGGCGGUAAGGCCGACACCAAGUGACAUGUCGAGCCUCCUGUCGGUGAGGCGGCGAGUGGUCGAGAGGGCCCUCAUCUGGUUGAAGAGGAACAACCCACACUACGCCGGGAUCGAGAUCGACGCGGCGGAGAUGGAGAGCUGGGGAGACUCGGCCGACGGGGUGCCGCCGUUGGUGUACGAGCGCCUCGAGCGGAACGAGGCGUCGGCGUGGGAGAAGACGCGGACGGCGCACGUCGUGCCGCCCACGGAGCGGGCCAUGGACGACGAGGGGGCGGUAGAGAUCGAAGAAAUCCUCUCUCUGCUCAACCAAGGGGGAAGCACGACGAUUCGCGAGGACGACGAGCCAGAGUCAAACGAGGUAGACGAGGCGCGUGGCCAGAGCGGCGGCGAGCCUAAUCAAGAUGCGAAGACGAUCAACGAGGUGACCUCAUCCGGAAUAUUUGCGUUGGACGGGCCGCCCGACGUGGCCGACGUGGACAAAUUGCGGUUCGCGUGCGAUGUCGUCCGCGAAGGCGCAGGCGACGGCGGCACGGGCCCGAGGACGUGGGUGCAAACCUCGGCAAGGGGGCAGCUAGGGCACGCCGAUGGUUCUGAGCCGCACAUACGCAUUCGCCGCGGGGAUGAAUUCGCCGACUCGUUCGAAGCCUCCUUUUUCGCAAAGACCUUUCCCACGCUGUUGCCAUUUGGCGUCGGAGGGCCGCGACCGGUCGAAGAGGCAACCGUACAGUUGGGCAGAGGCACCGCCAACACGCGCGAGGCGGAAGAGGCCGGGACGCGGGACCUCUUGUCGUCUCGGAACAUGAGCCUUCGGACGUGGGCCGACACGGUGUUGCGACGCCACGGCGGCCGGUUCGCGACGCACCACAUAUUCGCGUUCCUCGUCUUUAACAUGGGCGUGCGGUCGAGGAACCGUCGCGUCAGCAUGCUGAGCGUGACGAGGAAGAACUUCCGCAAGGUGGAGCGCAUCGUACGGUCGCUGACCGCAGACGGAUUGGCGGCAGCUAGAGCCGAGCUGGAGAGCACAGGCAAGACGACCGACGACGCCGUAAAGGAGCUCCUCAGGAGCCUUUCGUUGAUCUUGGCGCUCAUCGUCCGUUACGGCGUGCCCGCGAUCUGGUUCACGAUCAACCCAAACGACAUCACGAACCCGGUGAAGCUCCGACUGGCAGCGCACCGCGCGCGCGACCCCGAAGCGGCCGAGGAGUUCUGCGGAGCCUCGAUAACCAUCUUCUUCCACCGGGAGAUGACGCUGUUCUUUGAGCAUUACGUCAACAUGGGGGGGGAGUCGGUCUUCGGCCGCAUCAGCCAGUACUAUGGCGCCGUGGAAACCAACGAGCGAGGAUCUCUUCAUGUCCACGGGCUGCUCUGGCUAGACGGAAACACGCGCCUGAGCUCGAUGCUUGCCGACUCAGACGGGGAGGAACAGGCGGCCUACCGCGAGCGAAUCGUCCGCUACGUCGAUAGUGUCUUUAGCGAGGACUUAGACCAGGAAGGGUUCUGCGCCGUCCAGGCGGAGCGUUCGGCGACGUCUGAUAUAUCAUCCCUGCUGGACAGUGCCGAGCAGUUCUCGGCCUCAUUCGAAGAGGAAGCCAAUCUCUGCGCCGGCGCGACGCAGAUCCACACCCAUAGCCCGACAUGCGUCAAGUACUCCCUGGGCAACAAGGGGCGAAAGGGCGACCUCUGUCGCUUCAAGGCGCCAUGGAAGCUGGUCGAGGAGACUGCCUUCUCAUCGGACGGUGUACUGCGGAUCCGCAGGACACACCCCAUGGUGAACCGGUGGAACAAGGCCAUCGCCGUGGGGCUCCGCCACAACCAUGACAUUUCCUUCAUAGCGACGCAACGGAAGACCAUGGCGCUCGUCUACUACGUCACGAACUACGCGACCAAGGUGGAGGACCCGACGUGGAAGCGCGUCGCCGCCGCGGCGGAACUGCUGCCCGUUCUCUCGGCCGGCGGCCAGCCGUUUCUGAUGAGAGUGGCGAAUCGGGUAUUCACGGAGCGGGCUCUGUCACAAGUCGAGGUCGUCGCCCAUCUCCUGGGAUACCCGAGCGAGUUCACGGGCAGCAGCGCCUGGGCGUACCUGAACGUGUCGGUGCUCUACUGGCACGUCUCCAGGCGGUGGCGACACCUUCGGCAGGAGAGCGGCACCGCGGUCGCAGACGUGUCCGUGGACGAGUCGGUCGUCGUGGAUGAAGCAGGCGAACGGAUCAGCUUCGCCGAGGCGUACCAUCAUCGCGGACACGUCCUACGAGGCUUGUGCCUAUAUGACUAUGUCUCGCUCGUUAGGCUCCAACGCGUCGGCAAGGAAGGGUGCUCCGGUGCCUGGGGAGAGGUGCCGUUCGAGAGCGGCUGGGAGGCCGGUAGGGACUGGGUGCAGGUGUUAAGGCGGCCGGGAAAGCACGCCGUCGUCUGCCUUGACGGCUACCUAAGCAAGGAUUUCGAGCAGGACGACGAGGAAUCGGGCCAUCGCAGAGCAGCCGUGCAGCAUCUUGCCCUCGCGGCCGGAGCGAGCCAGAUCACGGCGGGAUCGCGCGAGCUUUCGGGAAUGAUACAGCAGCUGUGCCGCUUCCAGCAAUCAGCGCUGGUCUCGACCGCCGAGCUUCAGGCCGCCAUCGUGAGGGAACGGGACGGGAGGCACAUCGACAUGCCGGGGCAGGUGUUUUCCGGGGCUGCGGUGCCGCCGCAGGACCAGGUCAAGGCCAUCAAGUCGCAGCAGACAUGCGCCUCUAGGGAGAGGGUGAAGAUGAUCCAGGGCAUACAAAGCAUGGCCCCGGCCCACGGCACCGAUCGUGGUGCAGCGGAGAGGAGCGUGCUGACCGGCUUCGGGGAGGAAGACGUGCAGAUGACGCGAGCGGAAGCCGAGGAGACGGCAGGUAACGCGGGGGCUGGAAUGGAAGUCCGCCUCGGCCCGUCGACCUCCUUCCUCGAGGCCGGGAAAGGCUUGACGACACGCUUGACGCUGAACAAGAAACAGGCGAUCGCCUUCUCCAUACUAUGCCGCCACCUGGACUCGAUGCGGCAAGGAGACGGAGGCGACGUCAGCCAGCUCUGCCAAUUCGUCGGCGGCGAGGGCGGCACCGGCAAGUCUCGCGUCAUCGGAGCACUCGUGGGCCUUUUCGCCGCGAAGGGCAUCUCAAGCCGCCUGCUGAUAACGGCGACGUCGGGGACCGCCGCGGCGCGGGUCAAUGGCAUCACCAUCCACUCCGCCUGCGGCUUCACCAAGGACCAAGGGCCGGGCGCGAACACGGCGAGGGACGUCGACGGGUCCAGGAUGGACUGGCAGGAUAAGGACGUGCUCGUCAUCGACGAGGUGAGCAUGCUCGGCGCGCGGACGCUGCACGCCGUCAACGAGCGGCUCUGCCAGCUGCGGGGAUCGAAGCGGGACUUCGGGGGGAUCCCCAUCGUCCUCUUCUGCGGGGACUUCCACCAGUUCCGCCCCGUCCAGGAGAGGUCGAUCCUGUUGCCGAGCGCGGCCGUCUCGUGGGACGAGGACAACUCGUUCAGUGCCGAGCAGCGGCACCAGCACGACAAGGCGCACGCGCUGUGGAAGGGGUUCACGACCGUCGUCAUUCUGGACGAGCAGAUGCGCGCCGCCGGCGACCCGGAGCUGCGGCGGCUGCUGAAGCGGAUCCGACGGGGCGUGCAGGACCACACGGACCUGGAUCUCCUCAACUCGAGGUGCCACCGGGAAGGCAGGCGGAUCCCGUGGGAGACGGGUAUCACGGUGGUGACGCCGCUCAACAGGAACCGGUGGAACCUCAACAUGGAGGCGAGCCUGGCGUUCCAGAUCCAGCAGCGGUCGACGGUGCGCAUCUUCCUCUCCGAGCACAAAUGGAAGGACGGCCUGCCGACCGAGGAAGAGGCCAUCAUGAUGUUGAACCAGGGCGACGACAGCGCGAUCCCGGUGCCGGCCGUCUUCAUGUUCGUGCCGGGGAUGCCGGUCGUCGUGAACCACAACACCCACCAGGGGCUAAAGCUGGUGAACGGCGCCGGCUACACGGCGGCGGAGGUCAUCGUCGACAAGGCGCACCCGGGGCAUCGGCUCUCGGCCGACAUGGUGAUCCACUUCGGGCCGCCGGCGGCGAUCAUACUGGGGUCGGAGACGACCAAGGACUUCCGCUUCGUCGGGAUGCCGCCUGGCACCAUCCUCCUGACGCCCAUGAGCGUCAGGAUCCAGUGUCACCGGAAGCGACCGUGGCAGCAGAACGACGUCAGCCGCAAGGGCCUGCCGUGCGCCGCCGCCUUCGCAUGCACGGAUUACAAGGUGCAGGGGGGGACGCUCGAGCGCGUCGCGCUCGAGCUGCGAGGGGACGAGGACGAUAAACGUCGGCGGACGUGCCGUCCCCUCGCAGUGCGACCCGUAUAG